UCACCAACUAUGAAGAGUGACUUGUGGAGAAGGAAUUGCCAAGCAAUCUAAACGAAUUUCCUUUUCUCCUUUUUUUUUUUUUUUUCCCUGAAAAUGAAAUGUCGGAAAACGAGCUUGAUAAUUCUCUCCAUAUAAGUCACUGAGGUUCUCUUCAAUUUCUCGAUCGGAAGCCAAACAAUAUUAUAUGAGAAAGGAAAAUAUGGGAAAGAGCAAAGUUCUUAUUGUGGGUGGAACAGGGUAUAUAGGGAAGAGAAUAGUUAAGGCAAGUCUAAGCCAAGGAUAUCCAACCUAUGUCCUUAAACGACCAGAGAUUGGGCUUGACAUUGAAAAGCUUCAACUUCUUUUGGAGUUCAAGAAGCAAGGAGCUAUCCUAGUCGAAGCUUCGUUUUCUGAUUUGCAGAGCCUUGUUGAAGCGGUGAAACUUGUUGAUGUUGUGAUUUCCACCAUGUCCGGUGUGCAUUUUCGCAGUCACAAUAUUUUGUUGCAGCUCAAGCUUGUGGAAGCCAUUAAACUAGCAGGAAAUGUUAAGCGUUUUUUGCCAUCGGAAUUUGGUAUCGAUCCGGCGAGAAUGGGACAUGCACUAGAGCCAGGAAGAGUAACAUUUGAUGAGAAAAUGGAAGUGAGAAAAGCAAUAGAGGCUGCCAAAAUCCCUUUCACUUAUGUUUCUGCUAAUUGCUUUGCUUCUUAUUUUGCCGCCAAUCUCUCUCAAAUGGCUACACUAUUGCCUCCAAAAGAUAAAGUCCUUUUGUAUGGAGAUGGCAACACCAAAGUAAUUUAUGUGGACGAAGAUGAUGUGGGAACAUACACAAUUAAGACAAUAGAUGAUCCUCGAACACUGAACAAAACAAUCUACAUUAGGCCACCAGAAAACAUUCUCUCCCAAAGAGAAUUGGUAGAGAAAUGGGAAAAUCUUAGUGGGAAGAAGCUAGAAAAGACAAGCAUUUCUGGAAAAGAUUUCCUUGCCUCCAUGGAAGGUAUGGAUUACGCAGGCCAAGUAGGAGUGGGGCAUUUUUACCAUAUUUUCUAUGAAGGAUGCUUGACAAACUUUGAACUAGGAGAAGAUGAAGAAGAAGCUUCCAAACUAUAUCCCGAAGUCAAAUAUACCCGAAUGGAUGAAUUCUUGAAAAUUUAUCUCUAAGAUUCUCACAGCAUUAUAUAUAUAAUUUAUAUUCUAAUUGUGUGAUGUAAUAAAAGUUUGUGGAAAUCAAUUAGCGAACAAUUUGAAUGAGUUAUGGGAAUAACCAAUGAUAAUGGUCAGUGUUUCUUCUGUGAUUGA